AAAUCUCUGAAAGGAAUCUACGAUGGGAAGCAGCUCAGUCUCAGAGAGAGCCUCCACUCUGUUCUUCGCUCUGCUACUGCUAAUCUCAUCAGCGAACUCAUUCUAUCUCCCCGGCGUCGCUCCUCGCGAUUUCCAAAGGGUACUUUCCCUUCCCCUCUCUAUUUCGUUGUGCUUCUUCAACUACGCGGUCAUUUGAUCUAUUGUGUCACGGUACUGCUCUUAUAAACUAUUAAAUUAUUCACUUUGAAUGAAUUCGAUUUAUUGUUUUGACUUUCUUGUUCGAAUCAGUCGUGUCGGAUCUAGGGUUGUGAAUUAUGUGUUAUUGGGGUAUUCACUUCAAAUCUCUUGUUUUGACCGGAACGAGUUCCGAUCUAGGGUUUGGCUGGAUGCCUAAUUUGUGUUUUGCAUGUUUUUGUUUCUCUUCCGCCUGUUUUGUGGUUUUCGACGAGUUAGGUUGCUGCUAAUUUAUAGUACCGACGUUUGCACUUGAUUGUGUGACACAUUAUUGACUCUACUUCUAGGCAAGUGGCUUGGGUUUGAACUCAGAGUUUUUGGCUGUAAAUGGUUGUCAUGAGCUAGUUUUCUACAAAUUUUCAGCACCAUGAUCCCUUUUGGCUUGCGAUUUCAUGAAGAUUAUAUUCUUGUUGGAAUGUCAAUAUAUGUGACUCACGAUUUAGCAUGUUCUUAUAUGAGAUAAUUCACGAGGAGGGAGUAACCAUCCUUUGUAAACACCCAGCAAAAAUCCAUCAAGAGCCUAGAUUAUUAUUAGGUCGCACAAAUUUACUUAACCAUCAUUCCUCCUUAUAAUGAUGCUUGUCUUAAUAUUUUCCAACCAAGUUUCUUGAUUACGAGGACUCAUUCACCAUGACUAAUAGAACCCGCAACUCUAGCUGUUGUACUUUACAGUUAUUUAUUUCAAGCUCUAUGUUUGUUUUGAUUUUUCUUAUUUGAAAUACAUAAAUAUUUCAUUAUCUCAUGAUUUGUUUCAGAAAAUUUAAUCACAGCUUUACAUUAAAUUGAUAUGGAAGGGUCAUAAGUUUGGUGGCAAGACUUUGACUAGUAGUUUAGAUUUACCAAAGUUUGUUUCGUAUUAUUAUUUUUUUCACUUUGAAAGAGGAGAGUAGCUAAGGACCCGUUCUCUUUGCUGUUUUCAGUUUUCAUUUUUCCAAAACAGUGAAAACAUGUUUACUUUUAUAUUUUCAAAAAUGCAUUUUUGAAAAUAAGGAAAAUUUUUGUAAAGAAAACUCAAAACAACUUUUUGUUAUUUUGAGUGUUUUCGGCCAAAACACAUUGAAAAAUCCCAAAACGUGGAAAACAUGCUGCUUCUUCUCUCUUUUUUCUUCUCUUCUCUUCAAGUCUCAGCUGUCAACCGUGCCUGCCACCACCAUCACUGCCGCGAGCCGUCGUUGACCGCCAUCUUUCUUCUUUCUCUCUUCUCUUCAUUUUGGCCAUUCGCUCCGACCAGCAAGCGAGAUCCGCUGUCCUCUUGUUUCGUGACCAGCAACCCAGAUUCACCACCUCCGACCAUAUUUUCACUGUGAAAGUGGCCUUGAUCUACAAGGUGUUUUAGGCUGAUUGUGUUGGUUUGAGGUAUAACAAAUAACAGGGGCUGUGAUAGCGCCUUUCUAUAUUCUAUUCCUAUUCGUUUUUCAACCCGACUUUAGUGUUCAUCAGUUCUCUCAAAUCCCCGCCCCCCUUGUGGACAUUCAUUCGCCAUGACGAAGAUGAGAAAACUCAAUCGUCCGACGGGCCACCGGAUUUCCAUGCUCAGAACAAUGGUUUCGCAGUUGGUGAGACACGAAAGAAUUGAAACUACCGUUGCUAAGGCUAAAGAAUUCCGCCGGCUUGCUGAUAACAUGGUACAGCUUGGGAAAGAGGGUACUCUUAGUGCUGCAAGACGUGCUGCUGGAUUUGUGCGAGGAGAUGAUGUCCUUCAUAAGCUAUUUACAGAACUUGCUUACCGAUAUAAAGAUAGGGCAGGUGGAUACACAAGACUACUUCGAACUCGAAUACGGGUUGGUGAUGCGGCACCUAUGGCUUACAUUGAGUUUAUAGACAGAGAAAAUGAGCUGAGACAAUCAAAACCACCAACUCCACAACCACCACAGAGAGUACCUUUGGAUCCCUGGACAAAAUCCCAGCUUAGCAGGCAAUUUGCACCACCCAAGGAGGAUAAACAUUCUGAAUUUGAUCCUUGAAAUGUAUUAAUGAAGCAGUGAUUCGAAGAUUUUGUUCUCAUUUUUGGGUUGGCCUAAAAUUUUCUAUCUCCUCAAGGUUGGAACAAUGAAGCUUUAGAAGUGUGAAGUAGAAUGGCAGUAAAUUAGCAAAAACAAUGCUAGUUGCUACUAUGGUUUUCCUGUUUUUGAAGAUAAUGAGGUUUAAGCUUGGGUUCUUUCAAGUUAAGCUAAGCAGUAGUAGUAUUUAAAUAAAAUAUUACCGAAAGAGUAUUGGUUUUUUGAGACCGAUAUUACAUGGGUUAAUAUUUUGAACAGUACUGUUCCAAGUUAAGCUUGUGUAAACCUCUUUUCCCGGAAGAUGAUACUUAAGAAGUGUUUACAUUAAAGCG